CUGUUUAAUAUAUAAAUGACUGUCUGUUAUAUCUCUUUGAAGGUGACAAUGUUAUAGGAAGAGAUGGAAAGUGUAACAUCACAGUUCCUAUCAAGGCCUUGUCAAAGAAGCAUGCCUGCAUUGAAGUGCAAAAAGAUCUUCAUCUCAUUUAUGAUUGUGGAAGCAAGAACAGGACUAAAAGGGGAAAGUCUUUCUUGAAGCCCACCAUACGAUAUGAGCUUAAACAUGGUGAUAUGUUAACACUGGGUGAUGUAAAAUGUCAGUAUUUGGUGGGCCUGGACAUGGAAGAGGAAGAUGAAGAUGAAACUGGUUCAGAAACAGGAUCAGAGUCCAUGCUACAAGAUGUGAAUACUGAAGAGGAAUCAGACGCUGAUAAGCCAGUUGUGACCGAUAGUGCUAGCACUUCAAAGAAGUUGGACGAAAAUGGUAGUAUUCCAAGGAAUGCAUUAGUGCAGCCAACAGAAGACCACCGAAUAACAAAACCAACCAAGGAUGAUGAAGAGGCAUAUGCUGCAGACACAGAUUCAGACACGGAUGAGGAACGUCCAAUUGCAGUAGCAGCAAUGGCUACUGUGUUGUACAGCUCUGAAGAUGAGCAAGAGACACCUAGAAGGCCGCAGGUAUCGAGUGUUCCAAGUAAAGGAAAUUCUAGUAUGGAAGGUCAGACUCUAGCAUUUGGACUUGGUAGCCCAGCCAAUGUGUUUCAAAGCAGAGAUUCCACAGGUUCAUCUGGAUCGCACCCAGGACAAACAGCAAGUUUUCCACCAACUUUAAUGGUUAGCGCUGAAUCUGAUUCACAGUCAGAUGGGAAAAUGGAUGUGUCGUCAGAUAAUGAUCAAAAACCAGGCUCGUUCAAGUGCCCUGAGCCCAGGAGCUCAGGAACACAACCUCCCUGUGAGCCUACACUUUUGUAUGGAUCUGAAUCAGAUGAUGGGAGCCCCAUAAAAAGACCAAAGCACCCGGAAGCAAGGAUCCCAGGCAAGGGCCCCUCUUGUGAGCCAACACUUUUGUAUGGCUCUGAGUCAGACAAUGGGAGCCCCAUAAAAAGACCUAAGCACCCGGAAGCAGGGGUCUUAGACAAAAGCCCAUCUUGUGAGCCAACACUUUUGUAUGGCUCUGAGUCAGAUAAUGGAACUCCUAAAAAGAGACCAAAACAACCUGGAGCUUCAAAUGAACCAACUUUGCUAUAUGAAUCUGAUGCUGAGGAAGGCAGUAGCACUGUUGUAGCACCCACAGAAUCUGAUGUAAGAGAAGAUGGUCACCAUGCCAGCGAUGAGCAAACACUGUUAUACAGUGACGUAUCUGAAGAAAAACCACCAAGUCUUCCUGAUAAAAGCUCAGGGAAUGUGGCAGAAAACAGGACUGACAUUCAGCAACAAGCCACUGCAAUUAAGGAUGCCGAUGCAACACUACCAUAUGCCGAAGCAGAGAUGAGUUCAACGGAUGAUGAAGAUGAAUCAGGGGCAGAUGCAAAUGAUAAAGAUAUUAAUCUUGAAGAAACUCUGGCUCAUGCAGAACCUACUUUAGCAUACGAUGCUGAAGAAAUCAGAAAAGAUGAUUCAGCAGAUGAUGAACAUGAACAUUUGGAUGCUGAUGAUUAUGGAGCAGACAUUGCCACUCAAGCAUAUGCCGUUGACAAUGAUGAGAGUGAGUCUGAUACGGAAAGUGAACCUAUUCCACUUGGGAGUGGUCACACAGCAGCUGACAAGAGUGGCACAAAGCAAGCAGCUAAUCCCUCUGACUUGGAAGCAACACAGGCAUAUUGCUUAGAGGAUGAAGAUUCCAACAGUUCAGAUUCCCAGCCACUGCCAAUUGGUACUGCCACAACCACCACUCAUGACGACAUUUCAGCAACCAUGGCAUAUGGAUUAGAAGCAACUCAAGCUUACAAUGUUUCUGAGAAAGGCGGUGAUAGCUCUGAAGAUGAAGGUGAACAAGACAAGAAGCAAAUGCCUGCUUAUGACUUACAAGCAACUCAGGCAUAUGGCGCUGGUGAUGAUGAUGAUGAUACAAAAGAUAGCCAUUCAGAGACAGUUGAAUUUAAGCAGUCAGCUAAUAUGGACACUGUAGUUAAUGAAGGUGACACAGGCCAGCCUACCAUUCCGCAUGGACUGGAGGCAACUCAGGCAUAUGGUGCUGAUGAAGAAACAGAUGAUGAGGAUGCUGACAAUGAAGUGGACAGAAGUAGUACAGGUGGGGAUCAUGGCAGAGGUAAUGCAAAUGCAGCAACACUUGCAUACGGUUUAGCUCCCACUCAGCCAUAUGGAGUUGGUGGUGACGAUGAUGAUAGUGAUGAUGAUGGAGAUAAUAAGACUGAUAAAGACAGUGGUAAUGUAAGACAGAAUAACCUGGCUACAUUGCCUUAUGGGCUGGAGGAAACACAGGCUUAUGAUAUGGAUAACAACGACACAGGUACUUUUUCUGAGCCAAUUUGUGUGUGCAUUUGAGAUAUUGAAUCACUCAGUUCUUGUAUUUGUUUAACCAUUGUUCCGGGU